GUUUCUCUUUCCCCGCCUCCUCCGCGGAAGCAGAGCGGCAAACUCAAACUUUACAGGACCCGGAAGUCUUUCAGCCUAAUAUCGCGGGCCGGGCCUGUUGUGUUGUAUUUUUUCGCACACCUGCCAGGGCAGCGGUUCAGCAUGAGCCAGAUUUUGUUCCAGCAGCUCGUCCCGUUGCAGGUGAAAUGCAGAGACUGCGAGGAGAGGAGAGUGAGUAUUAGACUGAGCAUUGAACUACAAUCAGUUUCUAACCCUGUUCACAGAAAGGAUUUAGUUAUCCGUCUGACUGAUGAUGCGGAUCCAUUUUUUCUGUAUAACCUUGUUAUUUCAGAGGAAGAUUUUCAGAGUUUAAAAUUCCAGCAGGGUCUUCUGGUAGACUUCUUAGCUUUCCCACAAAAAUUCAUAGAUCUCCUUCAGCAGUGUACUCAAGAAUAUGCGAAAGAAAUUCCAAGGUUUUUGCUGCAGUUAGUUUCAACAGAAGCUAUUUUGGAUAACUCACCUGCUCUUUUAAAUGUGGUAGAGACAAAUCCUUUUAAGCAUCUGACACACCUCUCACUAAAACUUUUACCUGGAAAUGAUGUGGAAAUAAAGAAAUUUCUAGCAGACUGUUUGAAAUGUAGUAAGGAAGAAAAAUUAUCAUUAACGCAAUCAUUGGAUGAUGUUACCAGGCAACUGAAUUUCACCCAAAAGACAUUAUCAGAAAAGAUCCAAGAAUUAGAUAAGUUACGGAAUGAAUGGGCAUCGCACACAGCAACAUUGUCAAAUAAGCAUUCUCAGGAACUGACGAAUGAGAAGGAGAAAGCUUUGCAGGCCCAGGUUCAAUACCAACAGCAACAUGAACAACAGAAAAAAGAUUUAGAAAUCCUUCAUCAACGGAACAUCCAGCAGCUACAGAGCAGAUUGUCUGAGUUAGAAACGGCUAAUAAAGACCUCACUGAAAGGAAAUAUAAAGGAGACUCCACCAUCAGAGAACUUAAAGCAAAGCUGUCUGGUGUUGAAGAGGAGCUCCAGCGAGCUAAGCAAGAAGUCCUCUCUUUGAGAAGAGAAAAUUCUACUCUUGAUGCUGAAUGCCAUGAAAAAGAAAAGCAUAUUAAUCAGCUACAAACAAAAGUGGCUGUUUUAGAACAGGAAAUCAAGGAUAAGGACCAGCUUGUUUUAAGAACAAAAGAAGCGUUUGAUACAAUCCAGGAACAAAAGGUGGCUCUGGAAGAAAAUGGUGAGAAAAAUCAGGUACAACUAGGAAAACUUGAAGCUACAAUAAAAUCAUUAUCAGCUGAACUUCUUAAGGCAAAUGAAAUUAUCAAAAAACUGCAAGGGGAUCUGAAGACUUUAAUGGGUAAGUUGAAAUUGAAGAAUACAGUAACUAUUCAGCAGGAGAAACUCUUGGCUGAAAAGGAAGAAAAAUUACAAAAGGAACAAAAAGAAUUACAAGAUGUUGGACAGUCUCUCCGAAUUAAAGAACAAGAGGUAUGCAAAUUACAAGAACAAUUAGAAGCUACAGUUCAAAAACUUGAAGAAAGCAAACAACUUCUAAAAAAUAAUGAAAAGUUAAUCACGUGGUUAAAUAAAGAAUUAAAUGAAAAUCAGCUAGUGAGAAAGCACGAUGUAUUGGGACCUUCUACAACUCCACCUGUACAUUCCAGUAGCAACACCAUCAGAAGUGGAAUUUCUCCUACCUCUAAUGUGGUUGAGGGUAGACUGACUUACCCAGCUUGUGGGAUUGGUUAUCCUGUCUCCUCUGCGUUUGCAUUCCAGAAUACCUUUUCUCAUCCUAUAUCUGCCAAAAAUACCAUCCACCCAGUUUCAGGACCAAAGGUUCAGUUCAACUUGCAGUUUACAAAACCAAAUCCAUCACUAGGAGAUGUUCAGUCAGGAACAACUGUUAGUAUGCCCUGCUCAACUGACAAGGAAAAUGGUGAAAAUUUAGGACUGGAAUCCAAAUAUCUGAAGAAAAGGGAAGAUAGCAUUCCUUUGCGUGGACUCAGCCAAAAUCUAUUUAAUAAUCCAGACCAUCAGAAAGAUGGCACUUUAGGAGCAUUACAGACAUCUUCAAAACCCACAGUGCUCCCUUCUACAUCUUCAGCUUAUUUUCCUGGGCAGCUCCCGAACAGUUAAAUCUUUUAGUGUCAUCUUUUUUUUGGAAAUUUUUAGAAAUUGACAUGGCUUAAAAAUAUGGUAACGGCAUAUAGCUCAAAUUCUGAACAUGCAGGUUUCAGGGUUUCCUUGAGUUACUGCUCUAUUAGAGUGGAUCCUUGACUGCUGUCAUUUAUGCAGUUUAGAGGAGCAAAUCUGUACUUGGAAAUUGGUGAAGAUUCUGAACAAGUGACACUUUUUAGUUUGGAAUGUGGUGUUUUAUAGAAUAAUAUGAAUUUUAUUAAACUAAUCCUUAGAAAUUCCCAGUUCUAAGGAAAGAACUGAUCCUUGUAAGGGAGAGCCUGAUCAUUGAGUAUCUUGGUUCAUUAAAACCUGCUCAGAUAUAUUAAUAUUUUAAUGAAGCCAAAGAAUGCUAUCAGUUCAUUUUAUCAUUUUCAUUAGUAAAAUAAAAUUAAAUUUGCCACCUGAGAAUUAUGAGGGAAAAUGAUUAUCUCUUGAUGUAUUAUUGAUAAAGGGAAAAAUCCUGAAAUUACCUUAAAUGAAUGAAAUUCUUCAUAGCAAGUAAAUAUUUUCCUUGAACCCUUUAAAUUAUCUUUUGAGUAAGUCUGUAAUUUUAAUAAAUUAUACAAAAAAUUUUGGACAGUCUAAUUACAUGACCAGAUUAGGUACAAAGUGCUUUAGUCAUUUGAGCCAGUUAAUAGGACUUUAAUGCUUCCUGGAAGUCUGUAGUCAUCUAGUUCUCUUUCAUUUGAAGUUUUGUUAUUCACUUAAAUCUGUAUUAGUGGAAUAUUGUUUUAAAAAUUAGUACUUAUACAAAAUAUUUACUAGAGAGCAUAAUGAAUAUUAAUUUUUAUAAUAUCAAAAUAGGUUCAUUUUCAUGUUCACUUAGUAAAGUAGGCAAAGUGAAUAAUUUUCAAAGUGACAGCUUUCUUUUCUUCCCUAUGAUUAAAAGUUUCAAGUAAGAAUUUGUUCCUUGGAAAAAAUGAGGUGAUAUAAAAAAAACUUACAAAGGGCUCCAUUUUGUUUUCUUGACAGCCAUCCAGUAGAGUAGCAUUCUCUUAAGAAACCUCUAAAGUGUGUUUUGUUUAUAGAUUGUUAAUGCUCUUGUGAUACUUUAAAAAAAUAUUUUCAAGGAUGUUAUUACACAGAUGAGGAAAAGAGACAUUUCAGGAUAUUAACAACCCACCAAUGUUAUUAGCCUCCAUAAUAAAACAGAGAAUCUUUGUUAAUUCUUUUGUGAAGCCACAAUAUUGAGUCUUUUCACACUUUGAAACUCUGCUGGGAAUAGCAGACUGUCUUAAAAUAGGGAUCUAUUGUUAAAAAAAAAAGCUUAGUAACCAUUAUUAGAUAGUUUUUAUACAGUUUUUGUGUGUGUGUCAUUUAGAUAUACUACAUUAGUAAGAAUACUCAGUUACAAUAACUUGAAAACACUAACCUGGAAAGCAAUAUUGGACUCUUUCUUGUAAAUACUGUGUAACAUAAAACAUUGUGACAAGGGUUUGCAUAGGAUAUACGACAUAAGGAUACAACAGCUAGGAUAGAGAUCAUUUUGAUGGCAACUUCCUAAAGACUUUUUGAUGUUAAAUACAGACUUCUGAGUGUGCUAAUUUUCUCUACCUCUUAAACUUUUAUUUGAAAUUGUUCUGCUGUGUACAGUUGUAUAUGUGUUAAUAAUCAAAAUAUUGCAUUUAAUGUAUUUCUGUAAACUGAGCUUUUGUUUUAAUAAAGUAUUAAUAUUUUGGGAAUAUGA